AUGCCGUCCCCCGUGGUCUCCAGACCCAAACCCGGUGAUGAUGUCAUCGUGCGAGCGAGGAGCCUCGUCCUCCUCCUGCACCUCCGUCAACACCGCCUGCUCCGACGGCGAGCACAACGCCUCCCUGUCCCUGUCGUCCUCCGUCUCCUCCGUCUCCCUGCAGGACACCUCCCACUCCUCCUCCUCCUCUUCCUCCUCCUCCUCUUCCUCGCUGCCGUAUGGCGCCGUGCCAACCUACAGCGCCUCCUCCUCCUCUACGAGGAACGACUCGGACAUCAGCCUGGAGCUCACGCCGCUGGUGGCGCCGCACAGAGGAGGAGCCAACGGGGGAGGAGGAGGAGCCUGUGCCGUCCCGGGUGGAGGCAACCCCCCCCGUGGAGGUGUAGCCGAUCCGGCGGCGGCAGGUGCGGUGGCCCCGCCCAAACAGCUGUCCCGCCUGGACCGAGUGGUGCUGGAGAUCGUGGAGACGGAGCAAAGCUACGUCAGGGACCUGAAGAGCAUUGUGGAGGAUUAUCUGGGCUGCAUCAUCGACUGUGGCUCUCUGCCUCUGAAGCCGGAGGAGGUCAGCACUCUGUUCUGCAACAUCGAGGACAUCUACGAGUUCAACAGCGACCUCCUGGAGGACUGGAGAGGAGUCCUCACGCUGCAGCCAUCGCCGAGUGCUUCGUGGAGAGGAGCGAGGCCUUUGACAUCUACACCCUCUACUGCAUGAACUACCCCAGCUCGGUCGGGGUCCUGAGGGACUGCAUGAAGAACAAAAGUCUGGUUCCUUUCUUCCAGGAGAGACAGACGACUCUGAACCACUCGUUACCUCUGGAGACGUACCUGCUGAAACCAGUGCAGAGGAUCCUUAAGUACCACCUCCUACUCCAGGAACUUUCCAAGCACUUUGACAAGAGCGACUCCGGGUACGAGGUCAUCGAGGACGCCAUCAUCACCAUGACGGCGGUGGCCUGGUACAUCAACGACAUGAAGAGGAAGCAGGAGCACGCAGUGCGGCUGCAGGAGAUCGAGUCCCUGCUGGUGAACUGGAGCGGGCCGGCCCUCCGUGGCUUCGGGGAGCUGGUUCUGGAAGGUUCUUUCCGGGUCCAGCGUGUGAAGAAGGAGCGAGCCUUCUUCCUGUUCGACACCAUGCUGCUCAUCGCCAAGAAGAGGCUGGACAUGUUCGUCUACAGCACGCACAUAUUCUGCUGUAAUCUGCUGCUGGUGGAGACUCUGAAGGAUUCUCUGUGCUUUAAAGUCUCCGACCAAACGAUCCCUAAGCUUCAGCACGUGGUCCAGACAAAGAACCAAGAGGAGAAGAGACUUUGGGUCCAUUACCUCAAGAGGCUGAUCGUAGAGAACCACCCUGCUUCUCUACCACAGAAGGCGAGGCAGGUCCUGGGAGACGACUUCUGUCCAUCUCCUUGUUUCGAGCGGGAGGACCCAAAGAAGAAGAAGAAGAAGUCGGCGGCGCCGCUGCCGCGACCAGACGAUGUCCACAGCUUCCAGCGAGGCCGGCGUCAGUCAGAGCCUCCAGAGCUGAUGCUCUACACACCGGAGAAGUCCAGGAAGAGUCUGCCGCUGCUGCUGGAAGGAAACCUGCCCUGCAGACGCACCAGGAGACAAUCAGCUCCCGCCAAGGACAUCGAAGCGGCAUUUAGUCCACAAGCUCUGAAGCAGGCCGGGAGCGAGGGCGAGCUGAGCCAGGCAGGCAGCGGCAGCACGAUGGCGUCCUUCGUCACCCAGGGGGAGGCCAACAGGGCCGGACCGGUACCACAGCUGAGGCCGAGCCGAGAGGAGGAGGAGGAGGACGAAGAGGAGCUGAUCCCCCUCAGUCCACCUCCCACACUGUCAAUCACAGAGGAAAUCCUGGAGUUCAUCAACCGGAGCAGAGCCAGAGAGGGACUCACCGCCAUCACCACCCACGCCACGCCCAAAGAGAGUCAUCUUUCAUCUAUCCAGACCAACUUCACCUCCCCACUGCCGCCGCCUCCCUGCCCCUCCAGUCCAGAACAAAGACCCACAAUGCAUCAGGAGCAGGAAAAAGCAGACACUGAGAAAGACAAUGCCUUCCGAUGUCAAACCGGCGGUCUAGCAGGGAAGGGGGGUCUACAAAAUGAGAGGACUGUGAGUGAAGUCCAGGAGAUGGAGAUGUGGAGAAGGGAGAUGGAGGAGGAGGAGGGAGAUGGAGGAGGAGGAGGGGCAGAAGUAGUAGUGCUAGGGAAAGAGGAAGAAAAGGAGAAAACAAGGGACGAAGGAGGAGAGACCCAUGUCCAUGUGUCGGAUCUUCAUCCCUCCAUCUCAGCAGAGAACGAAGGAAAGAGUUCACUCAGGAAGGAUGUGAUCAUUGAAACCCCCCCUUCGUUCCAAUGUUCAGAUACAGAUCCUCCUCAUCACCCAUCCCAUAAAGAACAGCCACGCACAAGAGGCUCCAAACUCACCAAACGGGACCAGAAGAUCAUCGAGAAGAUCAGGAGUUACUACGAAGCGGCAGCUGAGGCCGGAGAGAACCAAGAAAAGGAAGAAGGGGAAGAAGAACAAGGAGAAGGAGGGUCACCAAGAAGGAGAAACAGUUUCUCGCACAUCCCCUCUGGCUUGGUGAAGGAGUCGGUAUCGCGCUUUGAUGUGAGCGGGCACCAAGGUGAGCUGGAGGGCAAACGUGGAGAGGGUGAGACAAAAGAGGUUAUUGAUAAAGACGCUGAUCCGAAGAUCUCUUCCUUUACUCCGCUCACAGCGGAAGUAGAGAACGAGGUACAGGCUGAGGAACCAAUCAGCACCUCAGAUUUGGAUUCAGAGGGUACCGCUGCUGAGAUUCAGAACGAGGAGCCUCCAAACCAAGAGAAUCUACGGUUGAGUCCAAACUGUCCUGUGGAAGAAGACUCUGUAUUUCCGAUCCAAGAUGGAAAAGUCUGCAAAGGACCAUUGGAAGAAGCGACGGAGGAAGCGGCGGAGGAAGCGGUGGAAGAAGCAACAGAGAAAGCGACGGAAGAACCCCAGAAAGUGGAUGUUUCUACAGUAGAGCUAAAAGAAGAACCAACAAUUACCAAACAGCACGAAUGGAAGGAGGAACCAAUCAAAACCAGUCCUGGAAACACAGUUGAUAUGAAUGGCCAUGAACCUAACCCAGCAGGGACAGCAGAAUCAAAGGAAAUCCCAGAUGAGCCGCCUCCUCCUCUGUCAGCUACAGAACCAUGCCAAAAAAACGGGGACAAAACUCAGCCCACUUGGACAACAACCAAACGAAGAGACCUAGAAGGAACCAACCUUGAAGGUCUUAUUGGUCAGAUAAAAGUGGGUCGAUGGUCCCGCCACUCCAGGAUUGUCACCGCCAACCGGGUCUUGUUUGAGGGCUUGGGGUCAGACGUAGCCGGCAUUGGGUUGUUCGAGGCAGGCCCCGUGGUGGACCCCAUGCUGAUGGAGAACUCAGAGCGAAUUCUGAGCAAGGUCCAAACAAUUGCCCGCAUGUACGGCACCAAAGUCAGCACCAUGAAGGUUCCCCUGCAUCAGAAACGGGCCAGCAAUGUAUGGAACCAAUCGUCAUGCUCAGGUAGAUUCUCUGGGUACUCAACUCAAAGUCAGUCGACUCAAUCUCAGACCCCGACUAAAUGUGGAACACAGACCAAAUUCCAGAGCCAGACAGGAACCCACAUCCAUAAUCAAAGCCAGAUAUGGAGUCCAACACAUUAUGAAAACCAGAACCAGACCAGGACUGGGCCAAGUUGGGAGGACCGGGCAAUCCAGGAGGAUAGGAGCAUCAAGAGCUGGACAAACGACCUCCAUGAGGAAUCAGCGCCUCCACAGGAGCCUGUGCUGUUGGUCAAAGACCCAGUGUGUCCUCGCCAGACCAACGCAGUGACGCUCUCCAGACCCAGAGACUUUAUCUCCGCCUUGGCCAAAGAUAGAGAAUGUCCAUCAACUGACAACGUCCAGACCUCCAGCAUGCUUUCUGCUUCCAGGGAUGGCGUCAUACCGCCUGAGAAUCAGGGACCCAGAAUAUGCUGCUCCGCCAGCAACUGCUCAUUGAUGUCAACCACCAACCCUGCAUGUAGAGUCCCAGAGAUCACGGACCUCUGCUCCACGCCGUCUUCCGAGAAAGAAGAAGCCCACAGUUACAGCGGGGAGAUUAGUGCAGAUAACAUAGAGAAGUAUGGGGACGUCCUCGCUUCUCCAGAAUGCAACCCUCCUACUGGACGUACUGAGCCCAAAGUUGUGUCGGCCCCGGACAGAGAGCUUGUACCAGGUCUGCCAGCAGAUCAGAUCCAGAGGGCACCAGAGCCAAACAGCAGGAUGCUACUUCACAGCUCGUCGGUGGUCUUCGGAGAAGCCGGAGGUCCAAGUCAGCGACUGACCUUUGACCCCUCGUGGGUUACCGCUUACACAGAAGCCGCAGAGGGUCAGCGGCUUUCUGGUCAGAACUUCAAUCCGGUGGAGCGUCUGCCAACAUUCACCAGCCGGAGGCCGGACGACCUCCCAAGGGGCCUCCAGGACUCACCGUCCCCCCAAGAGGACAAGCUCCCCUCUGCCUGCAGCCUCAGACACCGCUCACCCUCCCCUGUCAGAGCACUUCCCUGUUCCUCGCCAUUCAGCGUCGUUCCGGCGUCUUCUCCCGCUUCUCCAUCUGCCCCGACAACUCCUCCCUCUCCUAGGGCGGAGUCCUCCUCUCCCUUCUGGAGGUCUUCGUCCAUGCGAGCAGGUCCUCCUUCCCCUCUGCGUUCCUCCCCCGUGGCCUCUUCCUCCACUUUUACCCGAUCCCUCGCCGCCUCAUGUAUCAGCCAGUCCAUCAGCCAGAGCAUGGCAAAGAACUGUGCCCCACCCACUAACCGAAGCCCCGCCUCCACGUCUCACCCUCGCCGGCGAUCCCCCUCUCCAAAACCUCUUCCUGGUCAGCAGGUCUCUGGCUCCCCCGCCUACGCCCAGCUGGGGUGCUCCAAAGACGGGCACCACUUCCCUCGAGGUCGCCUGUCCUCCCCCUGGUCCUCCUGUCCUCCCUCGUCUCUUUGUCCUUCCCCUCGUUCCUCUUUCCUUCACUCCAAGACUGACUCCAACGCAAACAGCAACAACAACAAUAGCAGCACCGUCGCUACGACGAUCCCGCCGGGCAUCGACCCCGUCUGGUCCGUGUCACACAACCGCGUGGCUCGGCCUUUCUCCGCCUCCGAGCCCAGCUCGCGGGUUCAAUCCCCGUCGCCUCCAUCUCCCAUCCCGACGUCUUUCAACCACUUCUGCUCGCCGCCUCCCCAACUGAGCUGCGCCUCCCUCGUGGCGAGCAAGCCCCCCCAUCCGCGAGGGAGUGUGCGGGCCGGCGGCUUGAGCCCUCGCAACCCACUGGGCCUCACGCUGGAGUUACCCCGGUCGACGCCCGGUCUUGGCCCCCGGGUCCUGUCGCCUCCUCCAAUCGGCGUGCCGCCGAACAUGUGGACCAGUGACGUUGCGGCACCUCAACCCAGGAACGCCUCCUUUCCCUCUUCUUCUUUGGUCCCGCCACGUAGCCCCAAGGCCUUCCCCAUGGACCCUCCUCAACCCCUCCGGCGGAGUCACUCAUCCAACAUGGCUGACCGACUGCCGCAGCGCUCCGGAAUCGGCGGCGUCCUUGAGUCCUGGCCCACCGGCAGCGGGUGGUCCUCUUGUGGCAGCUCCCCUUCCCACCUAAUUCCCCAGGCCAGGGUUCAAACCCCGCUCUCCCCCGGCGGCCUCGGCGGGCAGAACUUCACCGUGCCUUGCCCGGAUGUAAGAGAGCUCUCCAUCAAAUACAGGGGGGGCGAUGGCCUCCGUGCCGCCUCCUACUCCCCCCUCACCUCCCUUCCCCCUAUCUCCCCUCUUCUCCCUAGGUGGGGGGACCCCGAGAUGCGGGAGGGGGACUGUCGCAGCCAGCUGAUCUGUGCCUACGUCGGCCACACCUCCUCCUCACCCCUGCUCUCUCCGCCUCCCCUCCGGCUUCUCUUGACCAGCACCACCUCUACCGAUCAAAUGACACCUACCUCCCCCCCCCACCCCUUCGCCCUUGCGCGCAUCGCCCCCCCCCCUUCACUCUUUCCCCGCAAACCAAACAGGAGAGCCAGAAGACCAGCUACGCCACCACGGUCAACCUCCAGAUUGCCAGGAGUGGCCGGAUAACCUCCUUCAGCACUGCCCAAGUCAGCCUGACCCAAACUCUGCAGGGCGGAGCUGCAGCCAGGGGGGCGGGACCUGGACCGGCACCGGGCCCGGGCCAGUCCACCAGGAGAGUAAGCAUCAAUGGACUCUCACACAUCCCUCCAACUCUUUCUCAGAAAUGAAACAGGAUGUGAAAGAAAUGGAGGAGCUUUUAGAAAGAAGAAGCGGGAAAAGCUGAGUAACUGCUGGUCUCAAGGAAACCGGCCCUUUAAGAGGUCAAUGGACCGGCCCUUUAAGAGGUGGACCAGAGUUCAUCUGGAGCAAGUUCCAGAGGUAGAGGACUUCUACAAAAAGUAUAUAGCAGCGGUUUCCAAACUGUUUAGGCCAUGCACCCCCUUCUACAUCUCGACCUUGUUCAUGCACCCCCAAACCACCCCAAAUAAAAAAAGGAAAGAAAAGAAACAGAGCCUAUUUAUAGCUGCAAUAAAAUUGGACCAAUGAAAGAACA